AUGAAAAUUAUAAUUCUUCUUGGAUUCUUGGGAGCGACACUGUCAGCCCCACUUAUCCCACAGCAACUUAUGUCCGCCAGCAACAGCAAUGAGUUACUUCUUAAUCUUAAUAAUGGUCGACUUUUGCCACUACAACUUCAGGGCCCACUUAAUUCAUGGAUUCCACCUUUCUCUGGAAUUCUACAACAGCGGCAGCAGGGUCAAAUUCCAGGACUCUCCCAAUUCUCUUUAUCAGCACUAGACCGGUUUGCUGGACUGUUCCCAAAUCAGUUACCCUUACCAGGACAGGUCAGUCUUGCCCAAGGAGCCCAGGCAGGCCAAGCCGACCCCUCACAGCUUCAAACAACGCCUCAGACACAACCAGGCCCCAGUCACGUAAGUCCCUAUGUAUUCUCUUUCAAAAUGCCUCAAGAGCAAGGAUAGAUGUUUCAAUACUAUCCAGUUUACAUGCUCCUACCCUGGGAACAACCUCAGCAAACAGUUCCAAGAUCACUUCAACAAACAGGACAGCAGCAGUUUGAAGAGCAGAUUCCAUUCUAUGCCCAAUUUGGAUACAUACCACAACAAGCAGAGCCUGGUAUACCAGGAGGACGGCAGCAACUAGCUUUUGAUCCCCAAUUAGGCACAGCUCCUGAAAUUGCUGUGAUGCCAACAGGAGAAAAGAUAGAAUAUUUACAAAAAGAAGUAAUAAACUUUAGACAUGACAAUGCAGGAGUUUUCAUGUCCUCAACUUCACCAAAACCCAGAACAACCAAUGUUUUCACUUCUGCUAUAGACCUAACUAUUACACCAGAGCUCCCAGAAGAGAAGGUAGAGUCAUGA